AUGCAUCGACCGCGUACAGGCAUUUGGGUCGCGCAUCAAACCAAGCUCGUGCUUGUUGCGUAUCGACGGCAUCGUCUUAUCAAAGUGCCGGACACCCAAGUCCUGGACGGGCAUGCGGGCUCCGGCAUGCUUGCCGCGACAUCGUUUGGAUCGGUGGCAAAAAGGAUCGACACGCUGACGGGCGAUAAGGGCCGUGGUUGGCGGCACGGGGCCAAGGUUAGAAAGCUUGGAUUGCAUUGCAAGGGCGGUGGACGCGGGAGUGCAGAUGGGGGACCAGCCGACGAGAAUGCCACUCAAGCAGCUGGGGUAAGUGCCGAGAAGCCCCCUCUUCUGGCGAGCGGUGGGAAAGGGUUGGGCAAAAAGGAGAUCACCGCUGCUCAAACGACGCCGGGUGCUGUUGCCAAAACUAGCAAGGAGCCGACUGCCGAGGUAGCUGGGACGUCAUCGAUUCCCCAUCAGCCUCCUGCGGAUGGCCGCGCUCCAACUGGCCCGUCUGCCGCCAAGGGCGUCGUGCUGCCCCCUGAAGAUGGUGGCGCUCCGGAGGUCCCGUCUGCAGCCAAGAUCGGCGAGACUGCUCCUGCGGCUGGCUGCGCUGAGAAAGGCCCGUCUCCCACCAAGGUGGGCCUGUCUGCGAACGCGCUCACGGGCCAGCUCCGGCUCCUUGCGAGUCGCAAGGCUGUGCAACAGCCUCCUUCCAAUGUCGAUGCCGGCAUUGCAGAAACAACACGUCGCUCGGGCGCCCCCAACGUCGCCGUCCCAUCGUCCAGUGCCCCAUGUGUCCCGCCGACUGUCGCCACCUGUACUUCUGCGAACCUGAAAUCCGCUUUGCUGUGCGCCCAGUUGGGAGCACAAAAAGCGGCAGAGCCAACCCCACCUCAGCAGGCAUCGGCAGCUGGCACUAGCGCGACGCCGACAUCGGAGAAAGUUGCAGCAUCGACUCCCGUGGCAGAUGAGGUCGAUGCUGCGGCGGAGAAGGGUGUGAGUGCUGCACUUGCCACCGGUGGCGGCGGUAUUGAUACGGCGGUGGACCCUUCACAUUCUGUUAAGGGUGUUGAUGAUGCGGAUAUCGCUGCCAUCCAGGCCCACUUGGAAGCAGCCAAAGGCACCGGGCAACCCCCUGCACUGGCCAUCUCGGACACAACACAUCUGGAGCCCUCGGCGAGCCUCGGCGGUGGUUCAUCGGUGCCAUCUUCUGCUACGGACGCUGUCGGCGAUAGAAAGUUGAUUCGGAAGCGGAAGGCCAACACAGGGAAAGAGAAGGCGAUCUCGGAGAGGAAAACGCGGGCGAUGUUGGAGAAGAAGGAGAUGGAGAAGUCGGAGGAGAAAGUGAAGGAGAAGUUGGAGGAGAAACAGGAGGAGACGGAAGUCGGCAAGGGGAGAUCGGCGAGGAAAGGGAAGGAGAAAGCAGGGGAGAAGAGAAGGAGAAAGGGCGAGCGGGGGAGAAAGAGAAGGAGAAAGGGCGGAAGGGCCAUGGCAUCCGCCGGGACAAGGCUGGCGAAGGGACCGGGUGGGUGGGCGAGAUUAAGCUGGUCGGCGCGUCAAGAUUCAUCGGCAAGUCCCCUGACUUCAUGGAGUUGGCUUACCUCCACUCGGUGGCGUACAUCGUCUACGAUGGAUACUUAA